CUCAUUUUUCGCUGCCAAAGCUUUUGCAGCAAUCAAUCCCAAGAUAAGGAAGAGAGAGAAACAAAAAUAUAUGACAAUGAUAAUGAGACUACACUAGCUUUCGCCUAGGGAUUGGCCUGGUUUUUUUAUAAUUAGGGCAUCUUUUUUCAAGUUUGCUUUUUUAAAUAAAACCCCUUUGCUUCUUAUUUAACCCUUCCAUUCUCUCCCUUUUUCUCACUUCCUCUUUCUUUCUCUCUCUCUCUCUGCAUUCUUUCUAUUCUCAGCCCAUCCCAUCUUAACCGUACCUCGGGAUCUGAACCCUUUCUCUACUUCGAUUCCCGAGGAAGAUAGUAGAAAAAGGUUCCCUUUACUUGUUUCAUCCGUUUCUAAAUAGCUGUCGUUUUUUAGUUACUGCAUUGUCUCUGUUCGAUCCAAAUCGAAGUUAGGUUUUUUUCCUCAAGUACAUUGGAGUUCAAAAGCCGGUCAUAUAUAUCAAAAGGUUCAAUUCUUGCCCUAGUUGGAUAAAAUGGACACAUUGUCGCAUGUUCCUCCGGGUUUUCGAUUUCAUCCAACAGAUGAAGAGCUAGUUGAUUACUAUCUCCGUGAGAAACUAGCUGCAAGAAAGAUGUGUGAUAUCAUCAAAGAUGUUGAUCUUUACAAGAUUGAACCAUGGGAUCUUCAAGAAUUAUGCAAGAUAAGUAAUGAAGAGCAGAAUGAGUGGUAUUUCUUCAGCCACAAAGACAAGAAAUAUCCAACAGGAACAAGGACUAAUCGAGCUACCAAAGCAGGAUUCUGGAAAGCAACUGGAAGGGACAAAGCCAUCUACUCAAAGCAUAAUUUAAUUGGAAUGAGAAAGACUUUGGUUUUCUACAAAGGUCGAGCUCCCAAUGGCCAAAAGUCCGAUUGGAUCAUGCAUGAGUACCGUCUUGAGACUAAUGAAAAUGGAACUCCUCAGGAGGAAGGCUGGGUAGUAUGCAGGGUGUUCAAGAAGAGAAUGGCAACAGUUCGAAGACUAGACGGCUCGCCGUGUUGGUACGAUGAUCAAAUGUCCUUCAUGCCUGAUAUGGACUCUCCUAGGAGAAUUCCUCACCAUCCCAAUAAUUACCAUACACCUAAUAUAAACAACAGUAAUUUAAAUUUCCAUCCCAACCAACAACACAACAUGUACCCUUGCAAACAAGAACUUGAAAUAAUGCCCUACAACAUUUCCCACCAUGACCCUUAUCUACAACUACCUCAAUUGGAAAGCCCUAAAAUGCCCCAACCUAGUAUGCAACAAGGUUAUGGAACAAUGCUUACUCAAGAUUACAUGAUUGAUUCAACACAAUUGGAUUCAAUAUAUGGUAAUGGGUCGGGUAACACUUGUGGGUCAACGGAGCAGGGUUUGGAUGAUGAAGUUACUGAUUGGAGGGUGCUUGAUAAGUUUGUUGCUUCUCAACUUAGCCAAGAUGAACAACAUGGUCUUUCUGCGGCGAGUAAGGGAUUAAGUAAUUACUCGAAUGCCCCUGUGUUUCCUGAGUCUGAGCAUAUGAAUAUGGUGAUAAGCCCUAACUCCUCCAAUAAGGAAGAUCAUUAUGCUUCAACGUCCAAUUCCAGCUGCCAAAUUGAUAUGUGGAAGUGAAGUGAACAAAGACAUUUACCAUAUUAUAUUAUAUGCUAAUUAAUUACCUAAUUAAUCUGAUUUUAUACACAAACAAAUAUAUAUACAUACUGAUUAUAUAGGGAAAAACAUACAAUUACUACAAGAGAAAUCUUGGAGAUCGAAUUGAAGUAUCCUUGUACAUAAUAAACAAGGCAAUGCAACAUUAAUUAAUAGUAGGGGUAUUAUAUAUAUUGGACUUGUGAGAUCAACGUACCCUUGGGUUGAUCCUCAAAGUGGACUUAGAAAUAUGGUGCCUAUUAUUAUUGGAUGAUAAUAGCAUCUAUUUAGGAGAUUGAAAGAUUUCCAUGUAUUAUUGGGAUUUUCAUACUCAGAACAAAAGAUUAUCUAUCUGAUUGUACUUAUUUUUAUUGAA